GGCUCGCUGUGGGCGAGAUCCGCACCUCGCCCCCACAGCAGCAUUUUGGGGGGAGUCCCGUCUCUGAGCCCCGUCACGGAGCAGAGCCCGGCCGCCCCGGCCAUUUCCAAACAGUUCUCUGCCGAGGGGAAGUGUCUGUUUGCUUCUCUCCUGGGCUCAGCACACAUUUUGCAGAACCUUCCUCCCACAAAAACUGCCCCCCGUGUCCCGCUCAGCCAAACAAAUAGCGCCUUUGUCUUGACUCAUUAAUGAUUGAAUCAUAUGCAAACUUGGCCGCGUGGCGAGGUUGCGCUGCGCGCCGGGGAUCCCAACACUUCACACCACGGCAUGGUCUGGGAGUGCCGGGGGAGAGGCAGCGCCAGCCCUGGGGAUGGCUGUGAACGAGACAGAUGGCUGUUUGUUGAUGAACAGAGCCCUAGAAAAAUAUUAUCUUUCCACCAUGUACAGCCUUGUGUUCAUUUUUGGCUUCAUUGGAAAUGCUGUUGCUGUGUUUGGCUAUAUUUUCUGCCUGAAAAACUGGAAAAGUGGCAACGUCUACCUGUUCAAUUUAUCAUUAUCAGAUUUAUUAUUUCUGUGUACUCUUCCAAUACUCGUGAACAGCUACUCCAGAGAUCAAUGGGCAAAGGAGAGCAUCUUGUGCCAUAGCAACAGAUUCCUGUUGCAUGCAAACCUGUAUAGCAGCAUCCUUUUCCUCACCGUUAUCAGUGUUGACCGAUACAUGCUUAUAAAAUAUCCUUUCAGAGAACAUUUUCUACAGAAGAGGAAAACGGCCAUUAUCAUCUCUGUGGCCAUAUGGUUUGGGGUGAUACUGGAACUGCUGCCCUUGAUGUAUUUCCUGGAGCCUAUAACGCCUGACAAUAAUUACAAGUGUCUUGAUUAUGCGAGCUCUGGAGACCCUGCGGAAAACCUCAUCUAUAGCAUGUUUCUGACGGUCUUUGGGUUCCUAAUCCCUCUCGUGAUCAUGUGCUGUUUCUAUGUAAAGAUGGUUCUUUUCCUUAAAAAUAGGAAUGAGCAAGUCAGUUCUCUCCUGACACUUGAAAAACCCCUUACUUUAGUCAUCCUCACAGUGGUUAUCUUCUCAUUGCUCUUCACUCCCUAUCACGUAAUGCGCAAUGUCCGACUUGCUUCCCGAAUACCAUCCUUGAACGUGUCUGUGUGCACACAGGGCAUCAUCAACAUCAUUUACAUCAUCACGAGACCCAUUGCGUUUUUGAAUAGUGCCAUUAAUCCUGUUUUUUAUUUCUUAAUGGGUGACCACUUCAGAGAGAUGCUGGUGGCAAAAUUAAGGCAGCUCUUGAGCAGGGUGACAACCACCAGCAAAUGAAUGAAGGAGGAGACCUCUCGUAGUGGGACAUGGCGGGGAGGAAACUUUCUUAAGGAGAGCGUUCACCAACGUACAGUGCCGUUUUGUUAGAUAACUUUAUUUACGCUAUAGAAUAUGCAUGAGCUGAUUGCGUUCCUCUAAAUGCACUUGUUACCUUGCUGUACAGGAGCCCUCCUGCUGCUGAUCUGACUGCGGCAAACCAGAAGCGAUGUGCUCUCACAACGGUACAGCAGGAAACCGUGCUCUCAUAGCAGGACACGCUACGGCUGAUUAAUAUUGAAAAUAAAAGGUCAUCAUGGUAGUUAUUAGAAGGAAUAUGCUGUUCUCAGACAGCUGCUUUGUGAGCUAUAACUUGAUGCUGGACUGGACCUAGGCUUGGAUGAACUGUGCCAGGGGCACUAGUUCACAUUCUCAACACAGUCUGGGGAUCAAGGUUGAGUCUUCUUUGCAUAAACGUUUGCAAACGCUGCUUCUCCUGGGAGGUUUACCUUUCAGGAUAAAUAACUGGGACAAUUUCCGUUUCCAGCUGAUUUGGCGAGGGCUGGCAUCUCAGAUGUGGUGAAAAAGGAGGGUAUGCAAAGGGCUGGGUGGAACGCCGUCGGCGCUGCAGGAGGGAGGCAGGGGCGAGGUUGCUGGGUUGGUUCGUGAUGAGUGCGAGGAGCGCAGAACGCUGUAACUUUUGGCUCCUUGAAACAAGCAUUUCACGGGAGCACCGAGAGAGCGAAGACGUGUGUGUGUGCAGUCAGGUUCUUUCACUCUUUGCUGUUAAACCUGGAUUCAGCUUGCGGAAAUAGAAAUAAGAAAAUCCGUCAUUUUAGUUCUUAUCUGAGAUUUGCCUUUGUACAUCGCGGGGAUGGCUAUGCAAGCUCAUACUGGCACUUUCGCAGUCGCUUUUCAAACUAUAGAUUUACUUAACUUUAAUGUAAUUAUCUAUAAGUGUGAGCAGAAUGUAUAUCUUGAAGCAGAAUUUGGACCUUGCAGUUCGAACUUCAUUAACAGUUCUGAUAAUGAAACAGGAGCUAACGAGGAGCCAGUUAUCUGCCUAACAUCCCUGCAGAAUCGUUGCAGCAGCAGAACUUACUCUCUGGUCGACCGACCUGACUUCAAAUGGAAAGGACAGAGAGAUCCAUGGAGUAAGAAGCUGGUACGGGCUUGGGCUGGGGAAGGAUGUGCCGAGAGCAACGAGCGCCGGGCAGAGCGUGGGCAGCAUCACGGGCAGCCCCUCCUCUGCCCGUGCUCCACGGGUGAUGGAGGGGCCUCUGGCGCAGCACAAAGCCAGCGCUGCCCACGGGCUCGGUGGCCCUGAGGCAUUGAGAAAGGACCACCUGUCUCAUCAGAGACAGCUUCAGUUCUGCCUUCUGAUGUGGUGUUCACCUGCAACGCACCUAACUGUUUCAUUGAUACCUGC